UGCACUAAGAAAUCUUAUUCCAUCAAACAUCUGCUUUUGAUUCAUGUAUUUUCAGAGUUUGGAUUUUUCCCUCUAAUUUUUUUUUAAUUACUGCCAAGUCCUUAACUGCAGCACAGUUGUGUGAACCUUUAGUGUUUUAUUUCUGCUUUUGACAGAGUUUACACAAAGAUGGAAACAACAUCAUCCGAUUAUGAUUAUAGCACUGACCCCAGUGAACCGGUUUCACCAUGCAGCAGUGAUGGUGAAAACAACCUGGGAGCUCAUCUCUCCAUUCUCUACUACUUCAUGUUUGUGUCCAGUCUCUUUGGCAAUGGGCUGGUCCUGGUUAUCAUCCAUCGGUUCGAGAGGCUGGCCACUGUGACCAACAUCUUGCUGGUGAACCUGGUGAUGUCCUCCCUUAUCUUCAUGAGCAGCCUUCCGUUUGUUGGCAUCUACAUGCAGCUCUCUAACUGGAUUUUUGGCACAGUUAUGUGUAAGAUUGUCGGCAGUGCCUACUUUAUGGGCUUUUACAGUUCUGUCUUCUUUUUAACUCUGCUGACAUUUGACCGACACCUCGCGGUUGUAUAUUCACUACCUGCAGCACAAGUGAGGAAUAGAAGGUAUGCAGUCAUUUCCUGUGCAGUAGUGUGGCUGGUCAGUGGUUUGGCUUGCAUCAGACCGAUGCUCCUCCGCAACACUUUUACAUAUAUUGACAACAAAACCUACUGUGAAGAGUAUCCUGGUGACGUUGAUUAUAUUGAUGUGAAGAAGCUGAGAAUUUCUGGAUUUUAUAUUCAGCUUUUCAUUUUCUUGAUUCUCCCUCUGGCUGUUAUUAUCUACUGUUAUGUUAGGAUCACAAUCACAGUCAUAUCAUCCAAAAUAGCAACUAAAUUCAAGACAGUUAGGCUGAUCUUUGUCAUUGUACUGCUGUUUUUUAUCUGCUGGACUCCUUUUAACAUUGUAGAACUCCUGCAAGAUGAAUUCACAAGCUGUGAGGCAUCACAGAAACAUGGUUACAUCCAUCAAAUCACUCGUAACAUGGCAUACUUUUACUUUUGCAUCAGCCCUAUCUUUUACACGUUUGUAGGGAGAAAAUUCCAGAACUACUUCAGACAGCUGCUGAUAAACAAUUUCCCAUGCUUGAAGAAGUACAUUUCUGUUAAUGAAAUCAGCAGAACCAACAUUUCUACAAAAAUGACAUCGAAUGAGCCAACCGAAAGGAGGCAAAACACAAGUUUAUUAAGAAAUCAGUUGGAAUAUGUAUGAGAAAUCUAUGCAGGGAUAAUAGAAUGUUAUUUCAGAUGAAAGUGUAUCAACGUAGAGGAAAAAGGUUUCCUAAUAUUGGCUUCAAAAAUACUUUUAGAUGUGUUUUAGUUUACCAACAAUAAAUUUGCAGGGCAAAAUUUUCCUUAGAUUUUUGGUUGUAAUUCCAGAAAAAGUACUAAUAUCAUUUGAAAGUGGUCCUAAAUAUGCAGGACCAUGUUAACAAGUUCACAUGCUAUUUUUUGUUGGAAUAUAGUGCCCAACUCUUGUGCCCUUAUCACACCAAUAUGCAAUGUUCACUUGUGUAUAUUUUUAAAUCUUACGAAAUACAUCCAUCAGAUGAACCCAGCUCAAGGCACACAUCUAGAAGUAGGCAUCUCUGCCUUGUUGCCGACAUGAUGUAUUUCAAUACACUGCUGACAAUCUGAUAUAAUAAAGAUCCAUGAUCAACAGAUAAAGAUUCCAUGUAACCAGGGGCCAAGCCAGGGGGGCCAGGACCACCAUAAGCCAAUCUCUGGCCACCCCUGCACCCACCCCAAGUGAUUUGUUGUUUCAAUGGGGACAUAAUUCACCAGGAGACCACACCUCUGGAACAAGUUCCCCUCCAAAACAGAUGGUGGCAGCAGUAAUGCUCUUAAUCAUUAACACAAUUAUGAUAGAAGAAGUGGUUUUGGUUUACGUUCACAAGAUCCUUAAAGGUUAAGUACAAUUUCUCUCUCAUUUUCCUCUGCUGCAGAAGAGCUCUGAGUUAAGUUAAAAAGGCAACAACAUUUACUCUCUUUGAAAAGUCAGCCAGUCAUUUUCUACCGCUUCUUCCAUAGUGGGCCGCGGGGAAGCUGGAGCCUAUCUCCAGCAGUCUAUAGGCGAGGUACACCUUGUACAGAACUUUGAAAAGUUUUGUAUUUUAAUAAAAAAUAAAAAUGUGAAAGAGAAAAAAUGAGACAAGGUUCACUAACGUGUUAUGUACCACUCACAUAACUGCAAUUGUGAAAAGGCAAUGUGUUUUGUGUGUAUGAUUGUUAGCUCAUAAACAGCCUCUGAACAUAAGUGUAAGUGACCUCUUUUGUUUUUGCUGUUUAGAAGAAAAAAAAUGCAGUUUUAUUAUUAUAAGUUGAAUUAAGGUGAAUAAUCCACAUUAUUGAUAUACUAACAUAAAAUAUGACUUGUUGGAACUAGUUUUUGUGUAUUUUUGUUAUCGAUUAUGGGGACGAAUCAUGUGUGUCUGCAAGAGAGAGUGACCACCACUGCUCAAACCACAAAAAGAUGGGCAUGGCAUGUGGCAUAGCGGUAGAGUAUGCUACCCAUAUACAGAGGAUUCAGUCCUCAACGCAGCUGUCCCUGGUUUUAAUCCCAAUCCCAGCAACCUGUGCUACAUGUCUUUCCUCUCUCUUUCCCCUACUUUAUAUAACAAUAAAAAUAAAGGCUACUAUUGUCACAAAAUGAAACAUAAAAUCAGGUUUUGGCCACCCCUCAAUGAAUAUUGGUCUCCAUCUGGCCACCCCAGUGAACUUUUUUGGCUCUGCCACUGCAUGUAACACAAUUCACCACUCUACCACAAUUCAGUCCGAUUCAGAAUGCUUUGAUUUGGCUAAAAAUGAUUCUGUUUAAUUUGUUACACUUUCAUACAGUAAAUCAUAAUGAAGCAGGGGAAUGAUGGUUUGCAAUUUAAGGAGAAUAACUGUAAAAUAAUUUUUCUAAAUUUUUUAAUAAUUUUUUAAAAACUUUUCAUUAAAAAGGAAUGCAUUCUAAUAGCAGUACAAUGAGCAUUAUGAAAAAGCUGCCAUGUCACAGAUGUGCUGCUUACAAGGCAUUAGGUAGCCAAACAAAAAGCCGACAAAUGUCUUUUCUACAAAAGGUUAUUCUCCCAGUAAAUAGUCUUAUAAAAAAUAUAAAUGUAUAAAUAUAAAUUUAGAGACCUUCAAUCAAUACAAAAAUAAUUUUUUUAAUUAAACAAACAGUUAUGACAGUAAAAUCAUGAAUGCCCACUUGAUGCACGUAGCUCCCAAAAUGGCUGCCAUUCGUGUAAGCCUACUGCUAAGUUUCUGGAGUCCCGGGUCUUUCAGGAAGUACAAGAAGAAACACAUACCUUCAGAGUAAAAGGGCAAAUUUUCACUCAGUGCAGCACUUAUUCAUGGUUAAACCAAACUCCAUUCUGCACAGGGACGCAGUUGUUAGCCAUGUUGUCUUGCAGCAAAAAGGUCCUGGGUUCGAAACCCCUGAUGCAUUCAUGUUGUACACGCACGUGUCAGAGAAUCGGUAUGAGUCAAUACAUGUUAACAUCCCGAAUGAACACAUACAUAUGUAAAUUGAUCUGUAAAUAGUUUAUGAUUAUAGUUGUAGAUUUUCUGUGUUUUGUGUUUCUUUUGUUUUUCCAGAUGUAAUUAUAUUGAAUGAAAAUUGCAUCAUGUUUAAACAUUGUGGCUUAUAAUGCUUUGUUUCAUUGUUGCUGUUUGUUAUAUUUAGCUAGUGUUUUUUGAAUGAUAUUAUUACUAUAUUGUCAACUGACAAUAAAGUAAUAAUAUUCAAAAAACAACACUUUUUUCCUUAGAUUAGUUUAAAGGAGAUUAUUUAGUACUCUUAAAUAAAGAGCAACUCAAAAUA